AUGUCUCCCCCAGGAGAGGGAGCAAAUAUGGCAUCUGCCCUUAUCCAGGUAGGUAGCUCUGAGGUCGGUGUGCAGAGUCAGCAGGUGAGCGCCCAGGAGCCCCUGCAAAGUAUCCUCAGCCGGCGAGUGAGCAGCCAAGAGCAUUCAUCAGCCCACAGCCACCGCCGGGUGAGCAUCCAGGAGCCCCUGCCCAGCAUUCUCAGCCGGCCAGUGAGUCUCCAGGAUUCCCCACCGGCCCUAGGCCGCCGCCGGGUGAGCAUCCAGGAGCCCUCGCCAGCCUCCAGCUACCACAAAUUCAAUCUCCAGGAUUCCCCACUGGCCCCCAGCCGCCGCCGGGUCAGCAUCCAGGAGCCGCCAGUAAGCUUCUUCCCAUCCCAGUCCAAUAUCCAAGACACCUCACCCAUUUUCCACAGUCACCAAGCCAGCAUCCAAGACACACCACCUGUCACCUACAACCGCUGGGUCAGUGCCCGAGACUCACCUUCGGUGUUACAGGAGCAUCAAAGCACUUACCCCCUGAACAAUGUCCAAUUCAAGUCCCCCUCCGGGCCAGCAAGUACCCAAGCACCACCCAGCCAAGUGCCACCAAAAACCAAAAAGGUCAGCCUCGCCGGCAAACAGACCUGGCCCCAGGACAACAUCCCCUCAACAAUCAGCCAGGGCUCUCGUGCAACCAUCCAAAGCAUGGGGUCACUUGCCUCGGACUCUGAUGCGACCUCAAGAGAAGACCACAGCUACCAACGUGACCCAGUCACCCCGAACAGCACCAUACAGUACUUGGCAAGGCGUUCCACAGGAAUCGCGUAUAGCGGGUAUCGGGCAAUGUACAGUCGCCAGUCACUGCUGCCCAUAGGCUGGAGGCUGCUUCACGAGGCCAGGAAGAUCAGCCGCCAGCUGAGCCUGGUGCUGACCCUGGCUGGCAUGCUGAUCCUCGGCCUCAUCUCGCUGGGCCAGCCCUGGGUCCACUUCCAGGUGCCACUGAUGCCCCCUGGGGGUCCCUCGAGACCCCCAACCAUCGCCAUCGACACCAUCCUCUUUGUGCGAUGUCCAGACAUCUCCUGCAUGCACGAAUAUGACCAGAAUGCAUACCUGCUGGACCUUGCCUGGGCCUUCCUAGUUAUAUCCAGCAUCACCUGCUUCUGUCUGUUUGUGGGCCUCAUCAGCACCAUCUUCUUCACCAGCUCCAACCUGCCCAUGCUGGAUUUUUUCCUCUUCAUCUGCAGCAUCAUGUCAGGGACCAGCAUCGUACUGGCUGUCCUGUUCUACCUACUACAGACCAACAAGUAUAUGCAGGAAGGCAUGACCUACACUCUGGGGACCAGCUUCUACUUGGCUUGGACAGGCGUCUUCCUCUUCCUCAUCACCGGUUUCUUCUCCUAUCUGAAUUACAUCAAUUUCUGGUCCAUCCUGGCAAUUCAGGCAGUCUGGACUUAGGCCAUGGGAUGACCCCACUGCUGGACGGCUCUCGUGGCUCCUCGUUGAACACCUGACAGGCCUGCUCCA